AUGGGAGACCACAAAGGCCUACACCUCCGUUCCGGCUCGACGGUCGCUCGGGCCCCUUCGGCUCAACUUCGCCUGGACCCAGCUGCCACCUCGGAACAAGAGGACGCCGCUUCCGGCGACGCCGCUUCGACGCACAGCGACCGCCAUUCCGACAGGGGGUCUGCCUUCACCGAGACCCCGCAAUCCGCUCCCUCGGCGCGCCCAACAGCGGCCAAUGCGGAGCUCAGCGCCAUGGCCGCCCUGGCCACCAACGCGUCUGCCAUGAUGGAGGAAGUACGCCGUCUAAUGGCCAACUACAACCGCAUGGUGGAGGGCGCUCACACCGCUCCCUUUGAGACUGCCACCGCCGCGCGGGAAGCGCCCCACGCCGGAAGGAUGACAUCCCAAGAGCGUUACGAGGCCGCCACUGCCCGCAUGCAUGCGGGCGUCACGGACAGGGGCCUUCGCGCGGCGUCGGAGACGCUCUCCGGCGUACCCGACCACGGCCCGCACGCCAGGGCCACCUCGGGAACCCCUGGCUCGGCUGCCCCCGAAGUGCCGGCCUGGCGCCCCGACGCCAAGGAGAGCGAGAUCCGCAUCUCGCCCCCUUCGUGGGAUGGCGAGAAGACCGAUCUGGAGGAGUUCCUUGACAAGUGCUCCAUGUACUUUGACAUGAACCCCCAGCGUUUCCGCGACCAUCGCCUGCGCGUUACCUGGGCCAUGUCUUGCAUCACGGGCACUCUGGGCGCCCGUCUGCGAAACAUCCGCAACUCGGAGGCGCACCCCUCUUGGCUCGACGAUUGGCCAGCCUUCUGCGACAACCUCCGCCGCCUCCACGGCGAUCCGGACCCAAAGAGGACCGCUCGCAUCAAGCUCAACCGGCUCUACCAGAAGGACUCCGUGGCGGCGUAUGCCGCCGAGUUCCAAGCCCUUGCCACGCAGGCCGGUGCCCACGACGACCAGCAACUCCUGGCCGCGUUCGAAGAAGGCCUCAAGGAAAAUAUCAGGCUUGAGAUGCUACACGCGGCCACCACCGGCCUCACGGACUUCAUGGACGCCGCGUCUGGCGCAACGCGCGGCCAUCAGGCCAGCGCAACCGCUGUUCGACCCCCCACGGGCCCGCCGGUGCCGCCCAAAGACAGUAGGCCCCCCAUCCCGGACAACAUACGCAAGUACCGGAUGGAAAACCGCCUGUGCUACACCUGCGGCGGACGCCACCUGGCGCGAGACUGUCCAAAAGCGGAGGAAGGGCGCGGUAUUCGUGCAAACGCGGCCAUGCUUGACGAGGAUGGCAUCUUUCUCCUUGGGCCCGCAGAGGACACCGUCGAAGCGUGGGACGCACCCCGCGCGGACAAGGAAGGCCACGACGGCGACGCCGAAGAGGUGGACCCGGCGUCUAUGGUGUUCGACGACACCUCGGGAAAUGGUACGCCGGCCUGGGCCUAG